AUGAGACUUCAAUUCUUUGUUCUCCUCUAUGUUGCUCUAAUGGUCUCUGCAGAUGCGUGCACACAAGGUAUAGUUGGCGGUUGGCAUCCAAUCAAAGACAUCAAUGACCCACAAAUAACAGGUAUAGCCAAUUUUGCUGUUACAGAGUACAACAAACGAACUGGAUUGAAGCUAAAACUCAAGAACGUCGUCAAUGGUGAAGUUCAGAUUAUCUCGGGGACCAACUACAGUCUGAUCCUUUCUGCCGGUGACAGUUCCGGUUAUAACGUUUAUGAAGCUGUUGUGUAUGAGUCAUUGCAACAUUCCAAGAAACUCACUUCUUUUGUACCUUCUAAUUGUCUUGUUCCUUCUAACAAUUAG